CUCUCGAUUUCGAAACACUCGCAAGUCGCAACUCUUCCCCUCCCCCUCCGCUCCUCCGACGACCCACCCCCUCCGAACGCUCGCCGGCGUCCGCCUGCCCGAGGCGAGAUGGCCCCGCCGUUCGUAUUCCCAUCGAGCCUGCGGGAUCUGGAGCGGGACACCGACGGCGACGACGAGCCCUCGCUCCGGCCGCAGAACCCCGUCGCCGUCGCCACCCUCCGCGCCGCCGACCUCGAGGAGUUCGUCAAGGGUGCAUCGUUUGAUCUGUCUGAUAAGGAGCUUUUCUGCAUCGAGGAACAGGAGGUGUUCGAUGUCAUCUAUUCUGUUGUGCGCGAUUUCAACUGCCUACCCCCAGGCCUUAAGUUUAACCUCGUUGAGACCUUGCGUUCCAACCUUAGUGUUCUUCUACCCAACAUAGACUCACUUUCUCGUGCAUCUAUGUCAUCCCCUUCUGAUGCCACCCCAAUCACUGAUCGCAUUGCCUCACACCGCAAUGCUCUCAAGAUCUAUUCCUUCUUUCUCCUUUCCAUUGUUCUCACUGAGGAAUCUGCUACUGAAAGCUGCACAGGAGCUAAGGUGACAGCGCAUGGUCGUAAGAAGAAUCAUGUAUAUACUUGGAACUGGGAAGCUCAAAGAGGGAGGAUCAUGAGUCUAAUAGCUAAUUCUCUUGAAGCUGACCUUUCACUACUUUUUGGUCCUGGAGGAACUGAUGAACAAUACCUAUCCUUUGUUUCAAAGUGUACUUAUGUUCUCUGCGAGAAUCAAAAUGUGUUAAAAGAUGAGGAUACAAGAAUUGGCUUGUGCAGGAUAAUUGGAGCAAUUGCCACGAAGCAUCAGAGGAUUUCACAAAUCAGCGCAUCUGUCUUGCAUUUGAUCCACAAGUUUGAUUUCACUGUUGCUCAUCUUGCGGAAACAGUUGCUUCUGCAGAGAAAAAGUUUGGUGAUGGAAGCCUUGCAAUUUCCCUAAUUAGGGAAAUAGGUCGGACUGACCCAAAAGAUUAUGCAAGGGAUAGUGUUGGUGCUGAUAAUGUUGGGAGAUUUCUUGUGGAGCUUGCAGACCGCUUGCCAAAGCUUAUGUCAACCAAUAUCGGUGUUCUGGUACCUCACUUUGGCGGUGACUCAUAUAAGAUCAGAAAUGCUCUUGUUGGAGUCUUGGGAAAGCUGGUUGCAAAGGCUUUCAAAGAUGUUGAAGGCAAUAACACUGCUCGGCUACGAAGUAAGCAGGCUAUGCUAGAAAUUUUGAUUGAGCGCUGUAAGGAUGUGUCAGCAUACACAAGGAGUCGUGUGCUUCAGGUGUGGGCAGAGCUGUGUGAAGAAAACUCUAUCUCAAUUGGCCUGUGGAAUGAAGUGGCUUCAGUUGCUUCGGGGAGAUUGGAGGACAAAAGUGCUAUUGUGAGAAAAUCAGCACUACAACUUCUCAUCACAAUGCUGCAACACAACCCUUUUGGCCCUCAGCUAAAGAAUUCAUCCUUUGAGGCAACUCUAGAAAAGUACAAGGAAAAAUUAGAAGGAAUGGAUCCUUGUAAUCCAGAACAAGAUGAGCUUGUGAAUGAUAGUUCUCUCGGUGAAGCAGUCAUGGGCCAACCCGAUAGUGUCAGUGAUAGCUGUAUAGCAAACAGUCAGGAUCAGAACCAUCCUGAUGCCACGAUUGUGGAAAUAACAAACUUGGAACAGAUCAGAGCUAUAGUUGCAUCACUUGAAGCUGGUCUGCGGUUUUCAAAGUGCAUAACUUCCUUAAUGCCAACUCUUAUUCAGCUCUUGGCAUCAUCUUCAGCUACGGAUGUUGAGAACACCAUUCUUUUACUAAUGAGAUGCAGACAAUUUCAGAUCGAAGGAUCAGAAGAAGCACUCAGGAAAAUGUUACCUCUGGUAUUUUCUCAGGAUAAGUCAAUAUAUGAAGCAGUGGAGAGCGCAUUCAUUACAAUAUACACAAGGAAAAGCCCAACAGAAACGGCAAGCAGUUUGUUAAACCUAGCCAUUGAUUGCAGCAUUGGUGACCUUGCUGCUCUUGAGAGCUUAGUUAGCUCCUUAGUUUCAAAAGGAGAAAUUUCAUCUAGCACGGUAGCCGCACUGUGGGACUAUUUUUGCUUUAACAUCAACGGAGUGAGACCAGUGCAAAGUCGUGGGGCUUUAUCAGUUCUUUGUAUGGCAGCAAAGUCAUCUCCCAGCAUUUUGGGUACUCACUUGCAAGAUAUUAUUGACAUUGGGUUUGGACGCUGGGCUAAGCAGGAGCCUCUGCUUGCUAGAACUGCUUGUCUUGCUCUGCAGAGAUUGUCAGAAGAAGACAGAAGCAAACUGUUAAGUACUAAUAGUAGAGUAUUUGCUGCGCUGCAAGGUUUGAUAACAAACUUCUCGCUUCCUGAGAAAAUAUGGUAUGGAGCUGCAGAUAAAGCUAUAAGCACCAUCUAUACAUUACACCCUGCACCUGAAAUAUUUGCUACUGAGAUUGCAAAGAAGUGCCUCAGUUCAGUAUUCGGUGUUUCAAGAACUGAGGAUGUGUCAAAUGGAGAUGAAACUCAGAAUGAUGCCUUUCUCUCAUCAGUAGCACCUUCAAAACUGGGUAGGUUUCUUUUUGUUAUUAGCCAUAUAGCACUGAAUCAUUUGGUGUACAUCGAAACUUCCGUUAGGAAAAUUCAGAAACAGAAACGGAAGAAUGAAAGUUCUCAACCCAUCACUGAGGGUCCGCAGUCGGAUGCAUCUAGAAGUUCAGAGGCACAAGGCAUAAAUGCCGAACUGGGACUGGGCGCAACAAUAGAUAUUGCAAUUGAAUCCCUUGCUGAAAGGGCAGAAAAGGAGAUAGUUUGCUGUUCUUCUGAAAAGAAUCUCAUAGGACAUUGUGGACCAUUUCUCUCAAAACUCUGCAGUAAUCUGACUCUUCUGCAGAAGUUCCCAGAGUUACAAGCUUCUGCCAUUCUUGCUCUUUGCAAGCUAAUGAUCAUUGAUGCGGAAUUCUGCGAAGCAAAUCUUCAAAUUCUGUUUACUGUUGCUGAAAGUGCACCUUCUGAAGUUGUUCGAUCCAAUUGCACUAUAGCUCUUGGUGAUUUAGCAGUUCGCUUCCCAAACCUCUUGGAACCCUGGACUGAGUAUAUGUAUGCCCGAUUACGUGAUCCUUCAGUAUCUGUGCGGAAGAAUGCUGUGCUGGUUAUUUCUCAUCUUAUAUUGAAUGAUAUGAUGAAGGUCAAAGGUUAUAUAAAUGAAAUGGCUGUAAGGAUAGAAGAUGAAAAUGAGAGGAUCUCAAGCCUUGCAAAACUCUUCUUUCAUGAGUUGUCAAAGAAAGGAAGCAAUCCAAUUUAUAAUCUUCUUCCGGAUAUCCUGGGCAGACUGUGCAAUCAAAACCUCAAAGACGAAACAUUUUGCAACAUUAUGCAGUUCUUAAUCACCUCUAUUAAAAAGGACAAACAAAUGGAAGCUCUUGUGGAUAAGCUCUGCAACAGGUUAGCUGGUGUAAACGAUAUUAGACAGUGGGAGUAUAUCUCAUAUUGCCUCUCUCAGCUAACCUUCACUGAGAAGGGUCUGAAGAAACUCAUCGAUAACUUUAAGAUGUUUGAGCAUGCAUUAUCUGAAGAUUCUGUGAUGAACCACUUCAAAAGCGUGAUAUCAAAGUGCAAGAAGUUUGCGAAACCUGAGCUCAAAGUUUGCAUUGAGGAAUUUGAGGAGAAACUUGGCAAGGUUCAUCAGGAAAAGAAAGAACAGGAAGUGACAACCAAAAAUGCUGAGGCGCACAGACAGAGAAUUGGCUCGCUAGACAAAUUUCUGGCUAGUAAGGAAGUUGAACAGAGUAGUGGCAAUUCUGUUGAAGAAGAAACUAGCGAGGUAGUUGAUCCUUCAGUGGAUAGCAGCACUGAAGAUAAGGAGAAGACGCCAGAAUGCAGUGACAAUAUUUCUACAGGAAACUGUCAGACAUCAGCCGCAUUUACAGAAUCAGAAGAUGGUAGCGAAGAGAUUCAGUCAACACGACCUGUCCGCAAAGGCUUGUCACGAUCAAGGGUAAAGAAAGCCAGAGAUCCUGUUUUAGAGGACUCAGCAGACAUUGCUCCAGCUAGACGCUCAACCAGAAGGUGCUUGCAUCUAUCUUUCUGCUCAUUAAUGCUGAUUUGUAUUUUGUUUCAGAUUCAAAUGGUUAAAGCCCUACAGAUUAUUGCAUCAUUCUUCAGUCAUGCCAUAUUAUUUGAGUAGCACCUACUUUAUUUCUACCAGUGACUUGCUAAAAAAAAUUUCCUUGUAUGCAGACAAGGAAGGUGACGCCCCAACGUUCCCAGAAUUUACCGCAGCUUUGGUGUAAUAUAGACCUAGUGGCAACUCCUUUUGUGUCUGUUCAAUGCGUUGACCUAUUCGGUGAUCUCACCUUGAGAUCUCCUGGAAAACCGGGCGUGCUUGUGCCCUUGAGGAUUCCUCAACCUUGGACAUCUGAAUCCAACAGUGCCCGUGAAUUUAUCCUUCUAGUCUGAUGUUCGUGUUCGUUGGUCUACUUUAGCUUGCUGAAUCCUGUCUAGCUGUAAUAUCUCCCGUGAAACCUGUAUUUGAUUGCUGAUGAAGUAGUUUUCUGGUUUCCAACCGGAUGUCUA